AUGAAAAUGGUGUCCGCUGCCAGACCAGAAGUAAAGUCCCUCUGGAAGCCAAAAUUCCCAGCAGGCGCCGGCUCCGACGAGGAAGUCACAAUCAACGUCCACAGAGAGCGACUUCUCAAUUUGAACCAGGGGAUAACACACCGGCGCCGCAACGGACGCUUUGUCUUUGCCUCUUUCAACCUAUCAUCCAUCCUCCGGCCACCCGACCCCGGAUCAUCUUCGCCCUAUAAUCUGCUGGCCAUCUUUAAUAUGGAUAUCGGGAUCAAUCCACGGCAGCCACGGCAGGAUAGCUGCACCAGACCUCUGCACCUCUACGCAUGCGCAACGAAAGAAGCAAUCACGGUUCACGAAGCAAUCAUGCCCAUUUUUGCGGCAAAUUUGCGCCGCGUAGAUGCUAGAAACGAUGAAACCACGAGAUUGCUAUUCUUCUCCUUGUCAUUCGGCCGUGGUACCGAGCAAACCCUCGCUACCUUACGGAUAUUCGUACCCGCUUGGAAAGAACAAACCCCUCGAAUAUUCUGGCGAUCCAAGGAGAUUAUUUGUAGGGCGACACAUGCAUCCUCACAUGGAUCCCGGAAAGACCAACGCUCCGCUGCUGCUCAGCGCCCACAAACAUACCUCGUGCGGCUGAGCCUCGCGCCAUUACCCAGUGAUGAGGAGCCAAUUCAAAACGAGCCCUCGCACUACAGGCACUUAGCUGAGCCUUCACCUUCUUUCUUGGCAGCGAACAUCGAGAAGGAAACAAUUCCAUCACGAGAUUUGAACCCCCCUCCUUCGCACGACAUCCUUGGGCCGGACCCUAAUCCAGAGACGCACACAACUGCCUGUCUCAUUUUACUCGAGGCAACGGUCGCCACUUGGCACCCUCGUGCGACAGCGCGUUGUCCCCCCUCGGUGGCUGUUCAAGCCUGGCGUUAA